AUGGUCAACUUCUACUGGGAGAGUAUGCAACAGCUGUACGCCGAGCACCACAUCUUCCUAGAAAUCCUCUUCACGACCAGCUGGUGGCUACGGUACCUCGUGCCAUCUUGGAGGCGGGCAUCGAAUAGAAAGAUUGUCAAGCAUAUGAAGUAUCCGUUUAUUCCCUUGCUCGCUCACCUGACCUGUGGAACUCUCGCCAUGAUCCGUUACUAUUACCUUUACUUGGCUCUCGGAGACUCUCCGGUUCCGACCCUGCUCGACCUCGCACUCAGUCUCGGGUUCACAGCCACUGGCGUGCAGCUGUCUGGCUACGUCCGAGAAGGAAAUGUGCCCGUUCUGAAGGCUGCUUUCAAGGCGAUGGCGUUCCAACAGGCGAUCGCUACCUUCGCAGGGUACACAUAUGGGUCCGCGCACUGGCAUCGCGCUGGCAUCAAAGUGAUGAACGCUUUCGUUUGGGUGCGAUGGUUCAACGAGUACGGGGCCGUUUUUCAAGGUUUCAGAUCAUACGGGGCUCGGUUUACGGCUUCGACUGUGAUUUCUCACCCGCUCUGCAUGUGGGAGGGCGAUUACCCCGCGGGGAUGCCUAUGUACGUCGCCAUGUUGUUCGCGUUCCUGGCCGUGGACAAGUGGGCAGCACGAAAACUAGACGGAAAACCAGGACCCAUCCCCCACGCUCUUGCGCAUUGCGGGUUUGUGACCGUGGAGAAGAAGCAUCGCGACGUCGAGAAGCUGGGGAUUGCGGAGAGUGAGGAGAAGACGGGCGCAAAGUUGGAGUAG